AUGUUCAAGGGGCUGAGCAAAAACUCCCAGGGGAAAGGGUCCCCGAAGGGCUCCCCGGCUAAGGGCUCCCCGAAAGGAUCCCCCAACAAGCACAGCCGUGUUGCCACCCAGGAGCUGGCCCUGCUCAUCUCCCGCAUGCAAGCCAACGCCGACCAGGUGGAGCGUGACAUCCUGGAGACGCAGAAGAAGCUGGAGCAGGACCGGCAGCGCAGCGAGCAGGGCCUGGCACUGCAGCAUCGGCAUGAGGCGGGCCGCAACCUGAAGGAGGCCGAGGUGCUGCUCAAGGACCUGUUCCUGGACGUGGACAAGGCCCAGCGCCUCAAGCACCCGCAGGCCGAGGAGAUCGAGAAGGACAUCAAGCAGCUGCACGAGCGCGUGACCCAGGAGUGUGCUGAGUACCGUGCCGUGUACGAGAAGAUCGUGGUGCCGCCGGACAUGGCGCCCAGGGUGGACUGGGAGCGGGUUCUGGAGCAGAAGCAGAAGCAGGUAUGCGAAGGCCAGUAUGGGCCGGGCAUGGCUGAGCUGGAGCAGCAAGUGGCGGAGCACAACAUCCUGCAGAAGGAGAUCGAGGCUUACGGGCAGCAGCUUCGGACUCUUGUGGGGCCGGACGCAAACACCAUCCGGAACCAGUACCGAGACCUGCUGAAGGCAGCUUCGUGGCGCGGGCAGAGCCUGGGCAGCCUGUACACGCACCUGCAAGGCUGCACACGGCAGCUGAACACACUGGCCCACCAGCAACAGCGUAUACUGCAGCAGGACUGGAGUGACCUCAUGGGGGACCCGGUGGGCGUGCGGCGAGAGUACGAGCACUUUAAGCAACACGAGCUACUGAACCAAGAGCAGUGCGUGAACCAGCUGCAGGAUGACGGAGAGCGCAUGGUGGAGCUCGGCCACCCUGCCGUGGGGCCCAUUCAGGCCCAUCAGGAGGCUCUCAAGCUGGAGUGGCAGAACUUUUUGAACCUAUGCAUCUGCCAGGAGAGCCAGCUGCAGCACGUGGAAGAUUACCGCAGGUUCCAGGAAGAGGCGGACUCCAUCAGCCAGACCCUGGCCAAGAUCAACUCCAACUUGAACACUCAGUACAGCAGUGCCCCGGGGGGUCCACCGGGUCCCCCCACAGAGCUGCUGCGACAACUGGAGGCAGAGGAGAAGCAACUGGCCAUAGCAGAGAGGACCAUUGGGGACCUGCAGCAGCGCAGCCGGGAGGUGGCCCCUCUCCCACAGCGCAGGAACCCACCCCAGAAGGCCCUGCACGUGGACAGCAUCUGCGACUGGGACUCUGGAGAGGUACAGCUACUUCGGGGUGAGCGCUACUUGCUGAUGGACAACAAUGACCCCCACACUUGGGUGGUGCAGCACCCUGGUGGGGAGACCAAGAGAGCCCCAGCUGCCUGCUUCAGCAUCCCAGCUCCGGACCCCGAAGCCCUGGCUAGGGCCUCCAAGCUGAGUUCCGAGUUGCAGACCCUGAAGCAGAAACUGAAUGCGGUCCAAAGCCGCCUGAAGGCCAGCAUGGAGGACCCGCUCCGGCCUGGCCAGCAGAGUAAUUGGGGCUCCGCUCCGGCUGACCCCCAGGCGCAGAAGCUCCUCACGCAGAUGACCAAGUUGGACAGAGAACUGGCACAGAUGGAGCAGCAGCUGCUGGCAUGGGUCCGGGGCCCAGUCAACCGAAGUGCCCCCCUGGAGGACCUGGAGGGCAGAAUCCAAAGGCACAAGGACCUGGCCCAGGACCUUCGGAGACUGGGCGCAGAGAAGGAGGCAGCUCAGCAGAAGUGCCAGGACUUCCUGUCGGAGAGGCCGGUGGGCACCGCGGCCCUGCACCUGCCCGUGGUCCUCAACAGCGUCAAGAACAAGUAUAGCGACACGCUGGCUCUCUGUGACCUCUACGGGGACAAAGCCCAGGCCAGCCUGGAGCUGGAACAGCAGAUCCUGGAAGCCAACAGGGUCAUUUCAGGCUUCGAGUCCACCCUGGUCCAGGAGGCGCCGCUCCCCGCCAACCCCGGAGCGCUGCAGGACAGGGUUGGGGACCUGCAGCGCCUGCGGAGGGAGCUGCUGGAGCAGCAAGCCUGCGUGCUGGGGCUGCACCGCAAGCUGAAGGCAGCUGAGCACGCAUGCAGCGCACUGCAGAGCAACUGCCAUGAGUUCUGCCACGACCUGCCCAGCCAGCAGCGCCGGGUGCGCGCCCUCACCGACCGCUACCACACCGUGGGGGACCAGCUGGAGUUCCGGGAGAAGAUGGUGCAGGAUAUGGGCGUCACCUACCAGCAGUUCAAGACCUGCAGGGACAACCUGAGCUCCUGGCUGGAGCAGCUGCCCCAUGGCCAGGUGCGGCCGAGUGACGGGCCUAGCCAGAUGGCCUACAAGCUGCAGGCUCAGAAGAGGCUGCUGCAGGACAUCCAGGACCACGAGCAGGACCGGGUCAUGGCCUCCCGCCUCUCCCAGGAGCUGCAGGCAAUCGUACAGGACUAUGAGCUGCAGGCAGACUCCUACCGCUGCUCCCUGAAGCGCCCCCAGGAGGACACAGCCCCCCGAAGACCCCGCAUGUCCCCCCUGCAGGAAAGCAUUGAGCAACAGGAGAAUGAGCUGAUCAAGGCCUACACAGAGGCUGUGGCCGCCCACCAACAGCAGCUGCACCAGCUGGAAUUUGCCAGAAAGAUGUUGGAGAAGAAGGAAUUCAGCGAGGAUUUGCAGCUGCCCCUAGGAGCACAGCAGGGCUCCAACGGGCGCCCUGCCCCUGAGGGGAAGAAGCCUAAGGCCCUCCAGGCUCAGCUGGAGGAGGAGAGGCAGCGAGUGGCCCGGGUGAGGCAGGAGCUGGAGGAGCGACAGGGCCAGUUGCUGCGGCUGCGGGCCCAGAGGCCCCGGGAGCGGCUGGAGGAGAAGGAGGUGGUGGAGUACUACCGGGACCCGCAGCUUGAGGCCAGCCUGGCCCGGAUCCAGUCCCAGGUGGCCGAUGAGGGCACACGGCGGGCCCUCCUGCAGGCAGAGCUGGAGAUGGCAGCGCAGAAGGUGGUGCAGCUGGAGAACCAGAGGAAGGCCGUGCAGCCUCACCUGCUCACUAAGGAAGUCACCCAAGUGGAGCGUGACCCGGGGCUGGCCAGCCAGGCGGCCCAGCUGGGCAGCGAGCUCCAACAGCUGCGGGCACAAGAGGAGGCCGUGUCUUCGCGCCUGGAGGCCCUCAAGAAGGAGCUGCAGGCCUGGGAGCAGAAAGAGGUGACGGUGAAGGAGAAGAUGGUGGUCAAGGAGGUGGUGAAGGUGGAGAAGAAUCUGGAGAUGGUGCAGGCGGCUCAGGCCCUGCGCCUACGGCUGGAGGAGGACCGGGCACGCCGGCAGGCUGCGGAGGAGGCCGGGGCAGCUGCCCGGGCGCGCGUGGAGGAGCUGGAACGUGCCAUUCGAGCCGUGGAGCCCAAAGUCAUCGUCAAGGAAGUGAAGCAGGUGGAGCAGGCCCCGGGACUGUCAGAGGAGGCGGCCCGGCUGCGGGGCCUGCUGGAUGCAGCCCGGCAGGAGAACGCGGCUCUGGCAGCGGAACUGCGGGAGCUGCGACGCCAACACAGCGAGGCCGAGAAGCAGAAGCCCCGCGUGGAGCUGCAGGAGCGGGUGCAUGAGAUCUUCCGGGUGGACCCCGACACCGAGCAGGAGAUGGGGCGGCUCCGGGGCCAGCUGAAGGAGGCUGGCGAGCGGCGGGGUGCAGCCGAGCGGGAGCUGGAGGCGCUGCUGGCCGAGCUGGCCGUGCUUCGGGCCCAGAAGCCGCCGGUGGAAUACAAGGAGGUGACACAGGAGGUGGUGAAACACGAGAGGAACCCCGAGGUGCUGCGGGAGAUUGACCGGCUGAAGGCGCAGCUCAACGAGCUGGUGAACCGCAGCGGGCGAGCCCAGGAGCAGCGGAUCCGGCUGCAGGGCGAGCGGGACACGUGGCGGCGGGAACGGGCCAAGGUGGAGACCAAGACGGUGAACAAGGAGGUGGUGAGGCAGCAAAAGGACCCGGUGCUGGAGCAAGAGGCCGAGAGGCUCCGCCAGGAGGUGCGGGAAGCCGCACAGAAGCGACGGGCUGCUGAGGAUGUGGUGUACGAACUGCAAAACAAAUUCCUGCUGCUGGAGCGGCGGCGGCCGGAGGAGAAGGUGGUGGUACAGGAGGUGGUGGUGAUGCAGAAGGACCCGAAGCUGCGCCAGGAGCACGACCAGCUGAGCCAGAGCCUGGACGAGGAGAUGGCCCGCAGGAGGCAGCUGGAGCGGGAGGUGCAGCAGCUGCGGGCGGGCGUGCAGGAGCAGGAAGGCCUGCUCACCUUCCAGGAGGACCGCAGCAAGAAGCUGGCCUUGGAGAAGGAGCGGCGCCAGCUGGGCCUGCGGAUCCGGGAGCUGGAGGAGCGGCCGCCCGCGAUGCAGGAGAAGAUCAUCAUGGAGGAGGUGGUGAAGUUGGAGAAGGACCCAGACGUGGAGAAGGCCGCGGCUGCCCUGCGGCUCGACCUGGAGCGGGAGAAGGCUCGGGUGACGGAUCUGCAUCGGGAGUGUCAAAGCCUGCAAGUGCAGCUUGACGUGCUGCAGAAAACUAAGUCUCAGGAGAAGACGGUGUACAAGGAAGUGAUCCGCGUGGAGAAGGACCAAGUGCUGGAGGGGGAGCGAGCGCGUGCCUGGGACCUGCUCAGCCGUGAGCGUGCGGCCCGCCAGGGCCGGGAGGACGAGGUGAGGCUUCUGCGGGAGCGGCUGGAGCGGGCCGAGGCGCUGGGCAGGACCUGGGCCCGUGAGGAGGCCGAGCUCCAGAAGGCCCGGGCCCAGGCCGGCCAGGAGCAGCAGCAGCUGCGGCAGCAGCUGCGAGAGCUGGAGCAACGGAAGCAGCAGAAGAUGCUUAGCCUGCAGGAGGAGUCGGAGCUGCUGAGCCGCCAGAGCGAGAGCCAGCGGCACCAGGAGGCCCAGCGUGGCCAGGAACUGGCCCAGCUGGAGGCGGCUAUCCUGCGCGAGAAGGACCAGAUCUACGAGAAGGAGCGCACCCUACGGGACCUACAGGCCAGAGUGUGCCGGGAGGAGCUCAACCAGGAGACCCAGACGCGGGAGACCAACCUGUCCACCAAAAUCUGCAUCCUGGAACCCUACACGGGCAAGGACAUGUCUCCGUACGAAGCCUACCAGCGGGGCAUCAUCGACCGCGGCCAGUACCUGCAGCUGCAGGAACUGGAGUGUGACUGGGAGGAGGUGACCACCUCAGGUCCCUGUGGUGAGGAGUCGGUGCUCCUGGACCGCAAGAGCGGCAAACAGUACUCCAUCGAGGCCGCGCUGCGCUGCCGUCGCAUCUCCAAGGAGGAAUAUCACCUCUUCCGGGACGGCCGCCUGCCCAUCUCCGAGUUCGCCCUGCUGGUGGCCGGCGAGACCAAGCCCUGCUCCACGCUGUCCAUCGGCUCCAUCAUCUCCAAGUCUCCGCUGGCCUCACCCGGCCCUCAGGCCACCUUCGGGGGCUUCUGCUCGGGCUUCUCGCUGGGCCCCCUGGGUGAAGACAGUUUCCCCAUUGCUGGCAUCUACGACACCACCACGGACAACAAAUGCACCGUCAAGACGGCCGUGGCCAAGAAUAUGCUGGACCCGCUGACCGGGCAGAAGCUGCUGGAAGCCCAGGCGGCUACAGGGGGCAUCGUGGACCUGCUGAGCCGUGAACGGUACUCGGUCCAUAAGGCCCUCGAGCGUGGGCUCAUCGAGCACACGGCCACGCAGCGGCUGCUGAACGCGCAGAAGGCCUUCACGGGCAUCGAGGACCCGCUGAGCAAGAAGCGGCUGUCGGUGGGCGAGGCAGUGCAGAAGGGCUGGAUGCCCCAGGACGGUGUGUUCCCGCACCUGCUGGUCCAGCACCUCACCGGUGGCCUCAUCGACCCGCGCAGGACCGGCCGCAUUCCCGUGCAUCAGGCCCUGCAGUCGGGGAUGAUCAGCGAGGAGCUGGCUCGCCUCCUGCAGGACGAGGCCGCCUAUGAGAAGGAUCUGACCGACCCGCUCUCCAAGGAGCCGCUGAGCUACAAGGAGGCCAUGGAGCGCUGCCGCAGAGACCCGCUCAGCGGCCUGCUCCUGCUCCCCGCGGCGCUGGAGGGCUACCACUGCUUCCGAGCCGCCUCGCCCGCAGGCCGCUGCCUGCGCUGAGCA